AGGUCUGAAACAAAGACCAACAACUAUUUCUCUCUGGCUGGCUAGCUCAGUUGUCUUUGUUCUCUCCUUCCCUUUCUUUCCCUGGACUAGUUUUCCAAUCAAUACAUUUUGAAUUUUUUUAGUGUUGGCUGUCGCGGACGCCACCCAUUACGACCUUUUCCCCCUCCGCCUCCCCUAUUUUCUUGCAAUAUUCGCCCACCAUCCCAAUCAUGCCUCUGACCUUUUACAUUUCUCUAUCCUCCUCCUCCUCCUCCCUUCAUCCUCCAUAACACGCUUCUUUUCCUUCUUCUUCAACCCCCAUUAUUGAAGCCACCUCAUCUCUCUCCACCUCUAACGUGUAACCUCAGUCGAACCUUCUUCUUUGACUCUUACUCUCUCUCUCUCUCUCAACUCAUCUUGGUCUUGUCUAUCUAUUUGUCUAGCUUACUUCUUGGGACAUAGCAUACCAUCUACAAGUCUGUUGCGAUUUAGUUGCCAAAUAUACAAACUUUGAUCGGAUUUAGCAUCUGGGUAUUUGUGUUGACUGAAUGCUGUGUAACAAAGCAGCAGCUGAUCUGAUCUUGUUCAGAUCAUGACCUCAAACCGGCCUCUUUUGAUCCCGUCUCCAAGAACACCCAGCACCCACGAUCUCCCGACUCUACCUGUGUUUCCCGAUUCAGCAAAACCCAGUUCCGCCAUGGAUUCUGAAAACCCACAACCCACUUUGAAUUCUUCUUCUUCAAGACGUAGCAUUUCUUCCGUUCAAUCCAAGCCGUCCAUGCGGUACGGUUCCAGAGGAGCUGAUUCCGAAGGCGCCGCGUCGCAGAAGGAAAUGAACGAUGAGGAUGUCAGGAUCAUACACAUCAAUGAUCUUGCCCACACCAAUGAGAGGUUUGAGUUUUCCGGCAAUUCUAUAAGGACCACCAAGUACUCGGUUAUCACUUUCUUGCCUAGGAAUUUGUUUGAACAGUUUCAUAGAGUAGCUUAUUUGUAUUUUCUAGUGAUUGCUGUGCUCAAUCAGCUCCCCCAGCUGGCAGUUUUCGGCCGGGGAGUUUCCAUAUUGCCAUUAGCAUUUGUGUUGUUAGUUACUGCUGUUAAGGAUGCGUAUGAGGACUAUAGGAGGCAUCGGUCCGACCGGAUUGAGAACAAUCGCCUUGCUUCGGUUUUUGUUAACAAUCAGUUUCAGUUGAAGAAAUGGAAGGAUGUACAAGUUGGUGAAAUCAUCAAAAUUGAAGCAAAUGAGGGUAUUCCUUGUGAUAUGGUUCUGCUCUCCACCAGUGACCCAACUGGUGUGGCUUAUGUGCAGACUAUCAAUUUAGAUGGGGAGUCAAAUUUGAAGACCCGGUAUGCGAAACAAGAAACCCUCUCCAAGUUGCCUGAAAAGGACAGGAUUACUGGGAUGAUCAAGUGUGAGAAACCCAACAGGAAUAUUUAUGGAUUUCAGGCAUUCAUGGAGAUUGAUGGGAAAAGACUGUCAUUAGGUCCCUCCAACAUUGUGCUUCGAGGCUGUGAGCUCAAGAAUACUCAUUGGGCCCUUGGGGUGGCUGUAUAUGCUGGUCGUGAGACCAAAGUUAUGCUCAAUAGCUCCGGAGCCCCAUCCAAGAGGAGUCGUCUCGAGACCCGUAUGAACCACGAGAUCAUCAUGCUUUCGCUGUUUCUUGUCGUCUUGUGUUCAGUUGUCUCUCUGUGUGCUGCUGUUUGGUUGAGGCGCGAAAAUGAUAAUCUGGACGACAUACUUUUCUACAGGAAGAAGGACUACUCUGAAGGUGAAGUCAAGGAUUAUAAGUAUUAUGGAUGGGCAUUAGAGAUUGUUUUCACAUUCCUCAUGUCUAUCAUCGUGUUCCAGAUCAUGAUCCCCAUCUCUUUGUACAUUUCUAUGGAGCUCGUCCGGGUGGGUCAGGCUUACUUCAUGAUACGAGAUAGUCAAAUGUAUGAUGAGGCUUCUAAUGCAAGAUUUCAGUGCAGAGCUUUGAAUAUAAAUGAAGACUUAGGACAAAUUAAGUAUGUAUUCUCCGACAAAACAGGUACACUUACCGAGAACAAAAUGGAAUUUCAAUGUGCAAGCAUUUGGGGAGUUGAUUAUAAUGGUGGGAGAGGCAGUUUGGAAAAGGACCAAUUGGUGCACAAUGUUCAAAUUGAUGGAAUUGUUUUGAGGCCAAAGAUGAAUGUAAAGGCUGACCCAGAUCUUCUACGACUACUAAGAAGUGAAAAGGACACAAAUGAAGGCAAACAUGUGCAUGAGUUCUUCCUCGCAUUGGCAGCUUGUAAUACUAUAGUGCCUCUUGUUACAGACUCGUCUGAUCCAAAUGUGAGAUUGAUUGAUUACCAAGGGGAGUCUCCAGAUGAACAGGCAUUAGUUUAUGCUGCUGCCGCCUAUGGUUUUAUGCUCAUUGAAAGAACGUCUGGUCAUAUAACUAUUGAUAUCCAAGGAGAAAGGCAAAGGUUCAGUGUUCUGGGUUUGCAUGAAUUUGAUAGUGACCGGAAGAGAAUGUCGGUGAUAUUGGGGUGCCCUGAUAAAACCGUGAAAGUGUUUGUAAAAGGUGCUGACACUACCAUGUUCAGUGUAACAGACAGAAGAUUGAACUUGAACAUAAUACGCGCAACAGAAGCCCAUAUUCAUGCUUACUCCUCUCUGGGUUUGAGAACACUUGUUGUGGGGAUGAGAGAACUCACUGCUUCAGAAUUUGAGCAGUGGCACUCUUCUUUUGAGGCAGCAAGCACUGCUUUAAUAGGCAGGGCUGCUCUGCUUCGCAAGGUUGCUGGCAACAUAGAGAACAAUCUCAUAAUUUUAGGUGCCUCUGGUAUUGAAGACAAACUGCAACUGGGGGUGCCUGAGGCCAUAGACUCUCUAAGAACUGCAGGGGUUCAGGUGUGGGUUUUGACGGGGGACAAGCAAGAAACUGCCAUAUCAAUUGGCUACUCAUCAAAGCUUCUUACAAGGAGGAUGACCCAGAUUUUAAUUAACAGCAGCUCUAAGGAGUCAUGUAGACGGAAUUUAGAAGAUGCCAUACUCAUGUCUAAGAAGCUCACGACUGUGUCUGGCAAUGAACACAGUACCCGAGGAAGUUCUGGAGAUGGCAUAACUUCAUUAGCUUUAAUUAUCGAUGGUACCAGCCUUGUUUAUAUUCUUGACAGUGAACUUGAGGAAAAGCUAUUUGAAUUAGCAAAUAGAUGUUCUGUGGUGCUCUGUUGCCGAGUGGCUCCUCUGCAAAAAGCUGGAAUUGUUGCCCUUGUAAAAAAAAGAACUGCUGAUAUGACACUUGCCAUUGGGGAUGGUGCUAAUGAUGUUUCGAUGAUCCAAAUGGCUGAUGUUGGAGUUGGAAUCAGUGGCCAAGAGGGUCGACAAGCUGUCAUGGCUUCAGAUUUUGCAAUGGGGCAGUUCAGAUUCUUAGUUCCCCUCUUAUUGGUACAUGGGCAUUGGAAUUACCAGCGAAUGGGCUACAUGAUACUUUACAACUUUUAUAGGAAUGCUGUGUUUGUUCUUAUUUUGUUUUGGUAUGUGCUCUUUACUUGUUUUACUCUGACAACUGCAAUCACAGAAUGGAGCAGCAUGUUGUAUUCUAUAAUCUACACUGCAUUACCUACAAUAGUUGUUGGGGUUCUUGACAAGGACCUAAGUAGAAUGACCCUUCUAUCAUAUCCUCAGCUAUAUGGAGCUGGUCACAGACAAGAGUGCUAUAACACGAAAUUAUUUUGGGUAACAAUGGUUGACACAUUGUGGCAAAGUGUGGCUGUCUUCUUUAUCCCCCUUUUGGCAUAUUGGGGUAGCACCAUUGAUACCUCAAGUAUAGGAGAUCUUUGGACUCUUUCGGUGGUUAUAUUGGUUAAUAUACACUUGGCUAUGGAUAUUAUUCGGUGGAGUUGGAUUACACAUGCAGCUAUUUGGGGAUCUAUCAUUGCAACUUGGAUUUGUGUCAUUGUAAUUGAUGCUAUACCUUCACUGGUUGGCUACUGAACAUCUUGUAUUGGACAAUACUGGAGCAUUUUGCAAGUCUCUCCCACUGACGACUAGAGUGUCUCCCAUAGAACAUCCACUUACAGAAAUGUAGUCGAAAAAAAAAUUAAGAUAGUAUCUAUUCAAUUACAGUCUUGCAACUGAGUUCGGAAACGCUCCGCAUUUUACUGGGAAGUAUCGAACCAUGGGAACGAAUCUACAGGGCUAUCACUGUAUUAGAACUAUUGGAUGGUGGAUUCAAAUUUUAAUUACCUGCACUUACAUACGAUUUUGAGCGCGUUGGAAAUUCGAUCAGUUUCUUUCCUUUCUCCCAGAAAUAGCAAACGAAUCAUGUGUAGCAAAAGUUUCAAUUAUCUACAUGAUGAGGACAUCAUAGCCAAACCUUUUAAGGUUUAUGAGCGAAAGAAAUGGAAAAAGAGAGCAGCUAGUCAUUCCCUUUCCAUAUGGUUUGAUUAAUUGCUUUCAAUCUAGAAGUCUCUAGGCAGGUGUCUUUCAGUUUCAGUUUGGGUCAGUUUCAGUUUGGGAUUUUUAAGGUUUCUUUAUUACUUCAGUUUCAGAUAGGAGUUUAAAUUCCUUUAUUAGGUCUUUUAUGCUUCAGUUUUGUGAAGUGUAACAGCCCUAGCUAUGAAAGAGUCUUUAAUGCUAGUUAAUAUGAGCUAUCUGCUCAAAUAUAAAUAAGUGUAAGUGCCAAGUGGCCAGAUAUGUUGUGAUGAAUAAAAAUUUCAGAGAGUUUCUGAGUUUUCCAGA